AUGCCUCCCCAGAUCAAGCCGCGCCGGGUCGCCGAGAUAAUGCUCGCUUCUCUGGGCCUCAACCUCGUCUCCUGCACCGAGCUCCAAGUCCUGUGGGCAGGCUACGGCCAUAUUUGUGCUGUGACGGCAAAAGCCACUGAUGGAAAAACUGCCGCUCGUUUAGCCCAGGUUUGUGGCGACCCGGAAGCCGCCACAAGCCACACAUUCCAUCUAAUCCUCAAACUCAUCUCACCUCCGAGGAGUAAUGGCGCCGGUGAUGAGGGCCAUCUACGCAAGAUGCUGAGCUAUCAUGUCGAGCAGUACUUCUACGAUGAAAUCACCCCGAGCUUAGAAGACGACGUGGCUGUUGCGACGUGCCUCACCUCGACUCGACACUUGAACGGCCAGCCCCACGCCGAGGAACUCCAAGGCUUGACCGCCACCAUCAUGACGGAUCUGCGUCCAAAGUUCCCUGUUGCAGGAGAGAAGAGAUCGCUUCUCGAUUUCCGCCAGGUCCACGCUUCUUUGGAGUGGCUGGCCAAGUUUCACAGCAGCUCGUGGAAGAUGCUGCCGGACGACCUCAGCAAGUUCGUCCUGCCUCCUCUCGAGGAGAUAAAGCGAAGGGAAUCCCACCCAGAUACAACUGAGCAGAAGCUGUGGCUAAACGGAGGAUAUACUUACCUCGCAACGCGGCGAAAUGAAUAUGCUUUCCUCAAGGGAGAAUCAUACUCGGAAUGGUCUGAGGCUUUCUGCGCGCCCGCUGGAGAUUCAUUGCCGUCCAUCGCAGACAUGGUGGCCGAUUUCCUCACCCCGUGCGGCAGACCAUUGGAGACGUACAUACACGGCGAUGUCAAGUCUGAGAACCUCUUCACCACUGAGUCGGGUGACAAGGUUGCCUUCUUUGACUUCCAAUACGUCGGUCUGGGCCUGGGUGUCUGCGAUCUCGCCAAGCUGUUUACAUGCUCGGUUCCCAUGAGCAUGCUUAACGGCGGAGGUGCGAUUCCAAGUGAGCUGUCUAUGCACGACGACGAGCGGGCCCUACUAGAACGUUACUGCAAGACUCUUCUUGACCGCCGUCCUGCGGGGAGAGAUAUCGAUUACCCUGUGGAUGUCUUUAUUCGCCAUUGGGAGACGGCUCUUGUGGACUGGUGUCGGUUCCAGGCGUCUUGGGGCUUUUGGGGUAAUACUCAGUGGCUCGAGGCCAGGGUGCGGUCUAUUCUACAGGAUAAGGGCUGGAGGGAUUGGCUACGGCAAGAAGUAUCGAAUCUCCCCAGGUAG